CCCGUGCCUUGUACGGAUCUCGUGAUCAUGGUGACCAUUGAAUCAAGUCCGAGCCAUACGACAGACAUGGACGGGACGGCGAUAACGGCGCCAGUCGAUAGUACGCCGUAUGGCAGAGCGUGUUUCAGCAGGCCGGAAAAGAAUGCGCUUGUGCGGUUGCACUACGCUCGAUCCAAGGUACUGGGUCCAUUGGAUUCCGACAGCGAGACAGCGACCAUUGUCUGAAUAUUGGAAGAGGCAGUUUGUGUGCGGGUGCGGGUGGCUGUUGAGGGUGAGGCAAGAAAGCGUGACCUGGCUGGGCCCCCUGCCCCAUUGGGCUAAGCCUCGCCAGCGCAUCUCCUCACCGCAACUAGCAGGCGUCCUAUCAGGCGGCACGGCGGGCACAUCCAACACCAGGCCGUGGUACAGUCGGCACGUUUGUCGAGUUGAAUUCACUCUGGACUGGACUGGAAUUCAGCAGCGAGCGAGAAGUGGGGACCAGACGACGCCGCGGCCCUCUCCAUUCUCUAGGUGGUGUGGCUCGUUUAGCCCUCUCGUUGCGAACCCCGCUGACAUGACAUGGCUGUCGUGCUCUCUCGAGUCUCCACGUUGCACAUGCUCGUCGUGCUAGGACCUCGCUUCCUGGCCUAGAGGGGGGUGGAUGAAGGAAUGAAUGGAUGGAGGGUCAUUGUUGUCGAAUUGCCAGUCUCGCGUGGGCGACAUGGACGCUGACCUCAUGCGUGCUUUCGACUCAACCACGUCCAGGUCAUCGGAUGGCCAACCAGCUCCCUCAGUCCAACCAGGCGACUCUGAGUAAUGCCCGGAAAGCGACUUGG